UGACCGCGCCGCUGCCCUCGCCCCUUGUGUGGCAGAUGACGGGCCUGGACGUGGAGAAGGACCAGAUCCUGGAGAUGGCCUGUCUCAUCACCGACUCCGACCUCAACGUGCUGGCCGAGGGCCCCAACCUGAUCAUCAAUCAGCCCGACGAGCUGCUGGAGGGCAUGUCCGAGUGGUGCAAGGAGCACCACGGCAAGUCUGGCCUCACCAAGGCUGUGAAGGAGAGUAAAAUUUCCCUGCAGCAAGCCGAGUACGAGUUUCUGUCCUUCGUACGGCAGCAGACCCCGCCCGGGCUCUGUCCUCUCGCAGGUAACUCUGUUCAUGCAGAUAAGAAAUUCCUUGACAAAUACAUGCCUCAGUUCAUGAGGCACCUCCACUACCGGAUCAUCGACGUGAGCACCGUGAAGGAGCUGUGCAGACGCUGGUAUCCGGAGGAAUACGAGUUUGCGCCGAAGAAGGCGGCUUCCCACAG